ACCAAUGAAAGACUGUAUAAAAUACAAGAGACUUCUUUUAAUUAGACUACAGUAGUGACCUUUUUUUUUUGUUUCAUUUAAAAGUUUUCAUUGGCUUUUGUGAACUUUAGCCAAGAGUCUAACGUGAGGAUAGAGAUCAAAGUUUAGAUCGUAUAGAACAGCACUGGUUUUAAAUACUGUCUGAUAUAAAUAGCAGCACUAUGAAGUCUAGAGGCUGUAUGAAACUAGAAGAUGUCCUCAGGUCAAACAUCAAACUCUCUCUACUUCUGCUCCUGCUUAACGUCUCCUCACUGACUGCUGCCAACUACGGGGACUGUCUGAACGUUCAAUCUUAUCGCGGUGUCCGUAAGAUCCGUAACGGGCAUAAAGUGUGCGCCAAGGGCGACAAAUAUGAUGACGAUGGUCGCAAAUGCACUCUGUGCUUCAACGGACACGCGUUGAACAGAGUCUGUUAUCAAGAACAUGGUUGGAUAGAUAGAGUAGUGAAUAAGCCAGGGAAAUCAAAACAUACCAUAUGUUACCCUGAAGAUGGUUACCCAUAUCAUAAAGGGGAAUCCCAAGAAUGUCCCGAAGAAACCUGCACUGCUGAGAACUGCCAACUGCCGGACUGCUUCUGUCACGGAGACUCGCCACAUAUUGAUCAGUCUGAGAGGCCCAUGUUCGUUGUUAUCACUUACGACGACGGCGUGUACGAAGUGAACUUUGACACGCAGCUGCGGCCUUUCUAUGUUGACAAUGAAUACGAGAUUUACAAUCCCAACGGGUGUGGCAUAAAAACCACUCUCUUUGUCUCCAUGGACUACACCCAGUCUGACAAGGUGAAGGCCAUGUACGACGCUGGAAACGAGAUCGCAGGUCACACAGCAGACCACGGGCUGCCCAGUGGAGAGGAUGAAGAGGAUUAUAAAGAUACCAUUGAUGCGAUCGAUGGUAUGAAGCGAAUUCUGCUGGAAGAGACCGGUGACUCUCGCCUGGUCAACUCCAUCCUUGGAUUCAGGGCUCCGUACCUUCGUGUGGCUCACGAGCAACAAUUCAAGGCUCUAAGAGACCUGGGCUUCGUGUAUGAGACGUCGUUGAUUUCUAGACGUCUGGCCAGAGAGGGCAGGCCGCUGUGGCCCUACACAUUGGACUAUAAAGCUAACAAGUGCGACAGUGCUUACUGCAAUCAUUAUUGUUACAAAGGAUUCUGGGAAAUCCCACUGAACGUCUGGAAGUGUUCCAACGGUUAUUACAGCGCCAUGCUGGACUACUGUUGUGUUGGUCAAAAUAGCAGCACAGCCACAGUGGACGACUGGUUUGACUAUUUCUUGCACAAUUUCGAGCUUUCCUAUGACAGCAAGACGCCCCUGUCGUUCUACACCCACACCCACGUUUUUGACUUUUACCCCAACGCUUUCCCCGCCUUUAUACGCUGGCUGCAGCACAUCUCCAGGAGCUACAAGGACGUCUGGUUUGUCACCAUGCAACAACUUCUGCGCUGGAUGAAGGACCCGCUGACACACAAGCAAAUGCUGAAGAAGUGGCAAUGGUGACCGAUGGGGACACUGAUGGGGACACUCUAUGGACAAUAGACGUGGUACUUAGAUUUGUAUUUUAUUUAGUUCGUGUAUUACAAAUACUCUUAUAGUAUGUGACUACUGCUGACAUGCUGAUAUUGUUGCUCAGCAUGUAACCAACGUUUGAAAAUGAAACAUAAUGACAAACUUU